CUCGAUGUUCUGCAGCGUUGCAUUGCAAGACAGCAGCUUCUCCUGAGCCAAACAGUUAAAGAGAGAAGCAGCGAUGAGUUUUUCUGCAGCAGCAACUGGGUUUGUUGUCCUGUUCCUCUCUGUGACAGUGGGACAACAUGAACCUGACUGGUCAGUCAAAUAUAAUCCAACUCAGAUCUGUGCUUUGAAAGGAUCAACAGUGGAGAUAAAAUGCUCAUAUAAAUAUCCACACAAAAUACAUGGAAAAGAAACAGAAGUUAAAACAAGGUUCUGGUUCACUAAAGAAAACAAUAGAGUCCCUUUGGAUCUGAAGAAAGAUUCUGACUAUAACAGUCGAAUAACUUAUGACUUUGAAAAGAGCAGCAGCUGUAAACUGAAAAUCAAAAAUCUGAAACAAAGAGACUCAGCUGAGUACAAAUUCAGGUUCAUAACAAACCAACCAGGUGGAAAUUUUACUGGUUCACCUGGAGUCACCUUGACUGUUACAGGCCUCAGAGUUCAGGUCAGAAGAUCAAAGACGCAGACGGAGCUGAAGUGUGAAAGCAGCUGUGAUCUAAUCAAACCUCCUUCAUAUGUUUGGUUCAACAAAGAGAAGAAAAUGGAGCAACAGACUUCGUCUAUAGUCGUCUCAGUCGCAGAUGGAGACAAAUAUUCCUGUUCUGUUAAAGGACACGACAAUCACCGCUCUCCCUCUGUGUAUGCUCCAGAGAUUCUCUCUGCUAAACUGAUGUCCUCUGGUCAGAUAACUGAGGGGCGUUCAGUGACUCUGACCUGUAGCAGUGAUGCUAACCCAGAAGCUAAAUACACUUGGAGGAAGAACAACAACCAAUCAGUGGUCAGUAAAGACCAUCAGUUUGUCUUCAGCUCCAUCCUGUCCUCAGACUCUGGACUGUAUUACUGCACAGCUCAGAACAAGCUGGGAGAGAAAACAUCUGGACCCGUCUCUGUCCAGGUCACAUAUGCUCCCAGGCCUCCCUCUGUGUCAGUGACUCCCUCUGGUGAAAUCAUGGAGGGCAGCCUGGUGACUCUGACCUGUAGCAGUGAUGCUAACCCAGAAGCUAAAUACACUUGGAGGAAGAACAACAACCAAUCAGUGGUCAGUAAAGACCAUCAGUUUGUCCUCAGCUCCAUCCUGUCCUCAGACUCUGGACUGUAUUACUGCACAGCUCAGAACGAGCUGGGAGAGAAAACAUCUGGACCCGUCUCUGUCCAGGUCACAUAUGCUCCCAGGCCUCCCUCUGUGUCAGUGACUCCCUCUGGUGAAAUCAUGGAGGGCAGCCUGGUGACUCUGACCUGUAGCAGUGAUGCUAACCCAGAAGCUAACUAUACCUGGUACAAGGAGGGAGAGGAGGCACCAAAAGCUUCAGGACAAAACUUCACCAUCACCAACAUUAUAUUGAAGCAGAGAGGAAAUUAUUACUGUGAAGCUCAGAACAGCAGAGGGACGAGGAACGACAACAUAACUGUGAACGUUGUGGCAGCACCAAGGAACCAAGUUGUUGUUGCUGUUGCUGCUACAGUCCCUGCUGUUCUCCUGAUUCUCAUACUCAUCUGUCUCGUUUUGUGGAUCAUGAAAACCAAAGUGUGGAAGCAGCCGUCCAGACGUGGAGCAGGACCAGUUCCCAGUGAACAGGUGAACCCAGCAGAGGAAAGUGUUGUCUACUCUGUUGUCCACUUAGCAACGAAACAGGAAGAGCCUCUUUACUGCAACACGGUCCAACUUGGCCCAACUGGGUCCAAGAGACACAAGAAGAAGAAGGAAGACGAGAGGGCGGAGUAUGCUUCUGUUAACUAUGGCAGAACCAGAACUGAUGCAAGAACCGAGUCUGAAAAGCAGGACACUGUGGAGGAUCCAGCUGCCUUGUACAGCAAAAUCAACAAACGAGGAAAGAACAGCAGAGAAACUCCUACUGGGUUAUAAAUGACUUUUACUUUUAUUCUGCAUUAGUUUAUCCAGAGAAACUCCUGUUAGUGUAUAAAUUAUAAAGUACUUUUUGUUUCUCUCUUGCUUUUCUUUUGUUUGCAUUUCCUGUAAUUCAUGUAAAGAUUUUUGAAUUGACUUGAUGAAAAUGUUCUAUAUGAAUAAAAUGACGUUUUGAGAAAAUACAAAUCAGAAGCAAUGAGAAUUCAUCCUCAUUCUAGAUGUUGGUACUGAAAAAAAACAAA